ACGGGCACGCUCGAUUUCGCCCUGUGCUCGCAGCGGGGAGGCGACAGCGCGUCUCGCCCCCGACCGGCACUGGCAGCCGGCAAGGGGGGGACCCUUCGCCUCGGCCUCCCUCGGGGCUGCAGCCAGGAAAUGGCCGCCGCUGGGCCCCGCCCGCGCGGGGGGGAGGACUUGGCGGCCGCGCAGGGGCGGAGUUGGGCGUCAUGGCCGCCAGCCGCCUCCCGCCGACCGCGCUCACGCUGAAGCAGUUCCUGAGGCGACAGCAGGUUCUUCAGUUAUACAGGAAGAUCCUGCGGGCUGUUCGCGACGUCCCUGCUGAAGCAGAUCGUCGCUAUUUAAAAGACUGGGCCAGGGAGGAAUUCAAGAGAAAUAAAGAUGCUACGGAAGAGGAUGCAAUCAGGAUGAUGAUUACUCAAGGCAACAUGCAACUUCAGGAACUUCAGAGAACACUUAAGCUGGCAAAAUCCUGAUCUUAAUUUUGCUGACAGAUGGACUUCGAUCUGCUGUGAACUAAACCAGUAUUUUUUCCAAAAUGUGGUUGCAAUAGCGGCCUUCGCUGACAACCUGGUAAUGUUUGAGGGUAGGAUCUACCACAGCGGGGUUUGUGUUUGUUUUUUCCACGUCCUCUUCUUGGUUCGGUUACCCUCCCAUGCAGAAAUCACUCAGACACAAAGGACUUUAAAGAACUGAAUGGAUGAUGUAGCAUGUGCUGUGGGAAAAGCAGAAAGCACCAAACAUUACGACAGCAGGGUUAUGCCAGGGAAAUGGAAAAUAAAUAUAAGGCAGAUUCUUUUGUCUGUUUUCUGUUGUGGCAAGUCUUAAGAGGUAACAUUCAUAGUGGUAACAGCUCUUUCUCUACUGUGCCAAGGAUUUUUGCCAACAUUUGGGGUUAAAGUAUUUGGGAUAAAGAAAUGGGUGCAAAACAAACAGACGUGAUAAAACAUCAAGAAAAUGUUUUGUAUUAUUUAGAUGCCGACUUUCAGUUGUCCCUGAAUAAAACUUAAAAGGAGAAUGAGGUAUUUUAGAAAUGGAAAUGGUUAUUAUCAAUUUAACAGGAAGCACCUUCAAGUUAGUAUUUAGAAGUCAGUACAAAGUAGAAUUACAAAUAGAAAACACUAACUGCGAAUGUUGUAGUCUGUUUUUUUCAAAUGUCUUAUUACUGGACUUUUGUUAGCUUGCAAUUGUUCUUACCUUCCUGUGCAUUGCAGUAUCUUUUUUUGGUUUGUUUUUUUUUUUACCCUUGUAUAAUUUAAAAAUGCCGAUGUGAGUCUGGGAUUUUCUCAACAUAACUAGCCAGAGAACAGCAGCCAGCCACGGGACUAUGCAGCAGCUGUGUGGAAGAGUGAACCAGCCAGACAGCCUCACAGCAGCUCCGGUGAGUGCCACCGCUGGGGCAAGGGCUGGGACAGGGCGAUGUUCCCCCUCCGGGCUGCAGGAGGGACUAGAGACCCCACUGGGGAGCAGGAACUGCGCUGCUUGCUGGAGCCAGCAAUGGGUCUUCAAAGCUACGUACUUCAGCUUUGCAAAAAGCUGCUGCUUGACAAGAAAGAAGGCCACAGUUGUUUUCCUAAUUCUUUUUCUGAAAGUGACUGCAGAAUCCUUUCCUGUGAUGUUUCUUUAGCUUUGCAGUAAAGGAUGUGGCUCAGGCAACCGGUGAGGCUGUAAAAGCCUUUGAGCUUCUACAUCAGUCAAUGAAAAAUAUGUAUACCUAAGUAUUUUGUUCAAAAUCUAAAAUCUGUUUACAUUUUCUGGUAGAAUGCACUGACAGAACAUUAGCAUGUUGGGGAUUGAUUUUUCAUGUCACCAGAAAAUGCUGUUUAGAAAGGAAUUUUGACUAAACAAAGCCAUCAUCUAUGUCUGCUUGUUCUCACAUGUAGCCUUCCCUUUCCCUUCAGCCAGUGGUUUGAUUUGCGCUCCUUAAUUAGGAGACUUUACCCUGCCGCCUCAUGGCACUGCUUUCCAUUCAGACCCCGAGCCUGCACUACUCCUUUGACUCCCGUUUGUACAUUUCUAGGUUGUGGCCACAUAAUCCAGGACUAGGUCUCAUCAGGCAGGGCCCUGGGCAGCCACUGAUCUCCUCAGUGCUGCUGCCCGCGAUCUCCAUGGCUUUGUGGGCUUCUCAAAACUGCCUGCCGGAAGCCUUUAGGAGUCCAUGUCUAGUCUGCUAGGGUAAGUGAAUCUACUCCAAGUGUGUGUUGCAGAGAAAGGUCGAUAAUACAGGUAUGUUGGAAAGAAGUCCUUCAACUCUAGUAGUUCUGAAGGAUGGAGGACUACAGAGGGGAGUAGAAAGGAAUUAGCAGAAAAUGCCUCCCUUUAUUUUACAGUGUGCUUGUUGGCUUCAGAAAACCUCUAAAAUCGGCACUCUGCAACCAAUUGACUGUCUUAAAUGACUACUCCCUUAGUUACCAGCUUAAAUUACUGCUCCAGUGGCUACCCUGGUAGCACAGUUUGCGAAGCAGAUCAGCUAAAGCCAUAACCUCGCCCUUUCCCUUGUGCUUGUGCAAGCCCAUGAGAGCGCGUGUGAUCCGCUGCACAACUCGACCCCCGGCCAGAAACUUCCGAAGCGUGCGUGCAUCAGGUAACAAAUGGUAGUCAGUCCCUGCAGCCUCCCUCAGGACAGGCAGUAAACCCAGGUUCUGUGUUUUAUAGCCACAAAUACAAAAGCUUAAAAAGUCAAAAAUCCCAAUUUUCUGCUUCCUCUCCUGAGCCAAGUGAGGUGGAUUUUCUCCAUUUUCUCUGGCUAGAAAACAUCACACAAGAGACUUCUGAGCAACACAGAUCACUUCUGAGCAACGCUUAUUUUAAUUGCUUGGCAAAACAUUCACUUGAUCAAGAUGAUACAAAACUUAAAUGGCAUGCUUCUGCAUUCCUACAGUAGCUUAAACAAAACUGUAAACAUAUGAAAGUGUCUAUAUUAGACUACAGAAGUCAGAGCGAUAAAACUAGUAUUUCCAUAACUGCGGAUAUACUUUUCUUGUCUUGAUAGUGCAUUGAUAGGAACUUUAAAAAUAUUGUUAUAUAAUACAAUUUUCUUCGCUUUAUACAUCAGCUAAGAAGAUGAAAGCUUAAUUACUAAUUAGUCAAUGGUGUCUUCAGUACUGUGAAGUAUUUUGUAUUGAUUUUAGGGCUCCUCAGUACAGGAUAAAAAUCUCUUUCUCCUUGGCAUAACAGUACUAUCCUGUGAUUGAAUUGGUUUUGAACAAUUGUUCCAUCACAAUCUGUUAAGUAAACUUACUUUUCUAACAGAA